UACCGAUUGGACGAGAGCGGCGCGCCAAAGAUCACGUGUCCCUCUUUUCGCGCGAAACUGUUGCUGUGUUGUCGGGACUGUAGCGUGCUGUGUCUGUCCUGAGGAAAGCGGUACGGCUCUGUGAAAAGGUUUUUGAGUCUUUUAUUCCAGUUUGACGGUGUUUCAGCAUGGAUGUUGCCACAGCAACUGCGGAGAAUGCCGGAGAGAUGGUGAAAGACGAGUUGGCUGAAAAAUGCCAGAAGCUAUUCCAGGCUUUCUUAGAGGAGUUCCAGACAGGCGAUGGGGAGGUGAAGUACGUCCGGGAGGCCGAGGAGCUGAUCAGGCCGGAGAGGAACACGCUGCUGGUGAGCUUCACAGACCUGGAGGGCUUCAACCAGGAGCUGGCUACCACCAUCCAGGAGGAGUACUACAGAGUUUACCCCUUCCUUUGCCGGGCAGUGCGCAACUUUGCUCGGGAUCAUGGGAAUGUUCCUCUCAACAAAGAGUUCUACGUAGCCCUUGAGGAACUUCCCACUAGACACAAGAUCCGUGAGCUGUCAUCCAUGCGCAUCGGCACCCUGGUGAGGAUCAGUGGUCAGGUGGUGAGGACACACCCAGUACACCCUGAACUGGUGAGUGGCACCUUCCUGUGCAUGGACUGCCAGGCACUGAUCAAAGAUGUCCCUCAGCAGUUCAAAUACUCCCCACCUACCAUCUGCAGAAACCCUGUCUGCAACAACCGCUCCCGCUUCCACCUCGACACGCACAAAUCCAAGUUUGUUGACUUCCAGAAGGUGCGUAUCCAGGAGACGCAGGCGGAGCUGCCUCGCGGGUCAAUCCCACGCUCCCUGGAGAUCGUCCUGAGGGCCGAGGCUGUGGAGACGGCUCAGGCUGGAGACCGCUGUGACUUCACCGGGACCCUCAUCGUCGUGCCGGACGUCUCUCAGCUCACCACCCCAGGUGUGCGAGCAGAGACCAGCACCCGCGUAGGUGGAGGACCCCAGGGCUUUGAGGCUGAGGGUUUGAAAGGACUGAAAGCUCUGGGCGUCAGAGAGCUUUCAUACAGGCUGGCCUUCCUGGCCUGCAACGUGGCCCCGACCAACCCACGAUUUGGGGGUAAGGAGCUGCGGGAUGAGGAGCAGACUGCAGAAAGCAUAAAGAGCCAGAUGACCGAGAAGGAGUGGGAGAAAGUGUUUGAGAUGAGCCAGGACAAGAACCUGUACCACCACCUGUGCACCAGCCUCUUCCCCACCAUCCACGGCAAUGACGAGGUGAAGCGCGGGGUCCUGCUGAUGCUGUUUGGAGGCGUUCCAAAGACGACUAUGGAGCGAACCUCGCUGAGAGGAGAUAUCAAUGUCUGCAUUGUAGGAGACCCCAGUACUGCCAAGAGCCAGUUCCUCAAGCACGUGGAGGAGUUCAGUCCCAGAGCAGUGUACACUAGCGGCAAGGCCAGCAGCGCCGCCGGUCUGACGGCAGCGGUGGUCAGAGACGAGGAGUCCCACGAGUUUGUCAUCGAGGCUGGAGCUCUGAUGCUGGCGGACAACGGCGUGUGCUGCAUUGAUGAGUUUGACAAGAUGGACAUCAAGGACCAGGUGGCCAUCCAUGAAGCCAUGGAACAGCAGACCAUCAGCAUCACCAAGGCUGGAGUCAAGGCCACCCUGAAUGCUCGCACCUCCAUCCUGGCGGCCGCCAACCCUGUCAACGGGCGCUACGACCGCAGCAAGAGUCUGAAGCAGAACGUUAACCUCUCCGCCCCUAUCAUGAGCCGCUUCGACCUCUUCUUCAUCCUGGUGGACGAGUGUAACGAGGUGACAGACUAUGCCAUCGCCAGGCGCAUAGUGGACCUGCACACCCGCAUGGAGCAAUCUGUGGACAGACUGUACUCUCUGGAUGAAAUCCGCAGAUACCUGCUCUUUGCAAGGCAGUUCAAACCUAAGAUCUCUAGCGAAUCCGAAGAGUUCAUCGUUGAGCAAUACAAGCGUCUCCGCCAACGCGACGGCUCCGGAGGAGUGUCCAAGUCUGCCUGGAGAAUAACGGUGCGACAGCUGGAGAGCAUGAUCCGCCUGUCAGAGGGCAUGGCGCGCAUGCACUGCUGUGACGAGGUGCAGCCCAAACAUGUGAAGGAAGCCUUCCGUCUUUUAAACAAAUCCAUCAUCAGAGUGGAGACACCCGACAUCAACCUGGAGCAGGACGACGAGCUGGAGGAAGAGGAGCAGCAGCAGCAGGAUGGAAACGCUGUCCCUAACGGGGUGAGUGGUGUAAACGGUCACAUGGACGGUGUGAACGGGCACACCAAUGGAACUAACGGACAGGUCAACGGUGUGAACGGCCACACUGAGUCUGGGACCCAGUCCAAGCCAUCUCUCCGCCUGUCCUUCACGGAGUACAAACGCAUCUCCAACCUGCUGGUGCUUCAUUUGCGCCGGGCCGAGGAAGCUGAGGAAGAGGAAGAACUGAAGAAAAGUGCCGUUGUGAACUGGUAUCUGAAGGAGAUUGAGUCAGAGAUUGACUCAGAGGAGGAGCUCGUCAAUAAGAAGGGUCUGAUAGAGAAGGUCCUUCACAGGCUCGUGCACUUUGAUCACAUCCUCAUCGAGCUGUCUCAGGGGGGGCUAAAGGGCUCAGAAUCUGCCAUCCCAGAGGAAGAAGUUCUGGUUGUCAACCCCAACUAUAUCCUGGAUGAUUAAACUCCCCCCUGUCAUGUCUCUGUUUUAGUUUUUCUCCACUCCCCUUACAGCUUCCAUGAUUGUUGAUAUUAAACCUCAUCAAUCAAGUUGGUGUUCAAGGUGUUUUUGAAUGCUCAUAUGUAAUGCAUAUACAAAAAAGUAGCAUUGGAGAUGUUGACAUGUUUUGUACUGUACAGAAGAUUCUGGGGCUUGUCUUAGUCAAACCUUUGUAAAUAUGCUGCUCUUUGUCCUCCAGUUGUUUGCUGGUUUCAGUCUGUUUGGCUCUUAGUCAGGGGAACAACCCUGAUUUGUUUAGUUGUUGAUUAUCCAUAACUGUAUAUUCAAGGCAUAUGCUGAGGCUUAUAAGACUUAAUGGUUUCAAGUGAUGUUGUCUUUUGUAAAAUUAUGACUUGGAGUAAAUGGAAACGUUUGUUUAAUAAAUAAUGUUGACAUA